AAUUAGCAGCCCCUGUUGCCCGCCGGCACACGAAGCGAGAGGAGCGCGUCGGGCUGGGGAACGGAAGCGGGAGCGGGGGGGCGUGUUUGUCAGAGGACGCGUCGUCGCCCCUGUGUGCCCAUUUCUGUUUGUUUCUCCGCGAUGUUUCCGAGGGUCUCGGCUCUCCUCCCUCUUCGCCCCCUUUCCCGCCUCCCUUUGUGCUCCGGAGGCCCAGAGGUAUCGGCGGCCGCCGUCGUGCUACUCGCUUCUCCGCAUGGAACGGUCAGGACAAAAAAUAAUAUCCAAAGAUAUUUUGGCACUAACAGCGUGACCUAUAGCAAGAAAGAUGAGCAGUCUGUUCCGACCCGUGAGAUUUCCAAGGAGACAGAGAGCCAACACAGUGUAAAGGAGAGCACGAAAAAAGACUUGGUAAAUAUUCUUAAGGGAAUGAAAGUUGAAUUAAGCACAGUAAAUGUACAAACAACAAAGCCACCCAACAGAAGACAACUUAAAAGUUUGGAGGCUUCAAUUGUCAGACCUCAGAAUGCUCCAGAAGAUGCCCCCCAAAAGAGAAGUGAGUCCCUGAGCCCGGAGUUGGUGGCGGCGGCCUCCGCGGUUGCAGACUGUCUCCCUUUGGACAAGCAGGUGACCAAGUCGGACCUGCUCAGGCAGCUCCAGCAGCACGAGGAAGGCUCGAGGGCACAGAAGGAUGGAGCGAGACCUAAAAUUAGUUUCACUGACAUCAUAUCAGAUAUGAAAGUUGCCAGAUCUGCCACAGCGAGAGUUAGCACAAGACCAGUGCAUCAGAUUCAGUUUGAUGAAGGGACUGAUGAUUUUGUUGGCCAAGAGAAGCCUGCUGAUCUGAGAAGAAGUUUUAGGAAAAAUAUAUUCAAGGGGAAGAGGCUUAAUAUUUUUGAGCUUAAGGCAGUUACUGAAGAGGCACCUGAAACAGAGGCAGCACCUUCUCUUUGGGAUAUAGAAUUUGCUAAGAAGUUAGCGGCAGUCAAUGAACAACCUUUUCAGAAUGGUUUUGAAGAGAUGAUCCAGUUGACAAAAGAGGGGAAAUUGUGGGAGUUCCCAAUUAACAAUGAAGCAGGUUUUGAUGAUGAUGGUUCAGAAUUUCAUGAACAUGUAUUUCUGGAUAAAUACCUGGAGGAUUUUCCAAAACAAGGACCAAUUCGCCACUUCAUGGAGUUGGUGACCUGUGGCCUUUCCAAAAACCCAUAUCUGAGUGUUAAACAGAAGGUUGAACAUAUAGAGUGGUUUAGGAAUUAUUUUAAUGAAAAACGGGACAUUCUAAAAGAAAGUGGCAUACAGUUCAAUUGAAGAUCAUGGAAAUUUUUACUUCAAGCUGUUGGAGAUUCGUAUUAUAAUU